GAGAAGAACUGCCAGAGCGAGCAGCGGAUCUGGGGCCGACACGGCCGUUUUGUGUCGCAGGCUCUGAAGCUCUCGAGAAGCGGCUGGGUCGCGAGCGCGGCCUGCGCCCACGGGGGAAAGUGGGUGGUGGGUGGGCCGAGAGCGGCUCAGCGGCGACGACAGCCUGUCGCCCUUUCUCCCACGCCUGCCCGCCCGUCCGCCCGCCCUCCCGCCCGCCCGCCCGUCGACCUUGUGGGUAGAAGCUUCCCGGGACUCGUCGCGCCAGCCCCAUGGCGACUGCUGCGGAGUCCGAGGCCUCUCCACCGACGGACGCGAGCUGGGAAGGCGGCGGAGGAGACGACGAGAUGAAGCCGACGCUUCCGGAGCUUGUGUCAUCCCCACAAAAUGGCGGCGGCGGCCUCACCACUGCGGAGCCCGGCGGCGGCGCGCGGCCCGAGGAGACCGCGGCGGCCGACGCAGCCCCCGGCUUCAGGCUCGAGCAGCCUCAGGACGGCCCCGAGGCGGGCGCGGCCGCUCUGCCUAAAGGCCCAGAAGAGCCCGAAAGGCCUCUUAGGAGGAGUUUUCAGAUCCCCAGGAAGAGCAGAGAAAAGAAAGCACUUUUCCAGCCGUUAACUCCAAGCUCUCGAGAAUUCGAAGAUGUUUUAAAUAUUCUCCAUUCAUCUUAUCUUGAACCAUCUUCAGAGACAAAUUUUCAUUACAAAUGUGCGUGCUUGAUACAUAAUGAGCUUUUGGAAAAAGAGUUUACAGAAAAGCGAAGAGAACUGAAAUCUGAUGGUCGGUUAGAUAAGGAACUUUCAGAAUCUUACGCAUUUCUCAUGGUUGAUCGAUGUCAGGUUCAAAACAUAUGUGAAAAAGGAUUGCAGGUGGGCCAUUCCAAAAUAACAAUUCUUGGCAGUCCUUCUAUGGGUAUCUAUCUUUCUAAAUAUGCUGACCUAUUACAAGCUAAUCCUUUGGAAACGGGGGCAGUGGGCGAUGUUGUGAUUUUUAAAAUAAUGAAGGGUAAAAUAAAGAGUAUAUAUGACCCUAUGGGUGUGAAAAACUUGGAAUCCAUGUUAAAUAAAAGUGCUUUGGACCCGACACCAAAGCAUGAAUGUCACGUGUCGAAGAAUGCAGGUAGAAUCACAUCACUCUUGGCUUACAGAGCCUAUGAGCUUACUCAGUAUUAUUUUUAUGAGUAUGGCUUUGAUGAACUAAGGCGAAGACCAAGACAUGUUUGUCCAUAUGCAGUUGUGUCUUUUACUUACAGAGACGAUAUGCAAACUCCAAAGUUUGUUUCCUCAUCAAGAUCUAACAGCUUUAAUGCAGAUAGAAACACAGAUAAAUUUAACUACACCUUGUGGAAAGGACAGCUUUUAAAUAAAGGAAAGCUUCUGUGUUAUAUUUCUCUGAGGUCAGCUACUCGUGCUUUUUUGCCUAUCAAGCUUCCUGAAAAGUUAGAUGUUGAAAUAGUUACAAGUAUUGAUCAUCUGAAACAGAAAAUCCCUCCAGCACUGUUUCAUAAGGAAACAUACCUAGGUCCAAAUGAAGUUUUGAAGAAUGGAAUGUAUUGCAGUCUUUAUGAAGUUGUAGAAAAGACAAGAAUUGCAAGUAACAUGGAGAGUUUACUGCAAAAACUAGAUAAAGAAAAACUUGUUCUUGUUAAACCAUUGGGAGACAAAGGAUUCCUGUUUUUUCUCUCUCCUUAUCAGAUGGUUUCUCCAUAUGAACAUCAGACUGUGAAGUCUCGAAUCCUACAUGCUUUGUUUCUAUUUCAAGAACCUAGAAGCAUAAUUACUUCACAAAAGGUUUCGACCAAUACAGCACCACAGGAGAGGCAAGAGAGUAUGCCAGAUAUGUUAAGAAUAGCUCAAUUCUUACAGUUUGCAUUGAUUCAUUGUCGAAAGGAAUUCAAAAGCAUAAACACUGUAAAUUUUCAUUCUGUUGUUGAAAAGUAUGUAACUGAAUUUUUUAAGCGAGGUUUUGGUUCAGGUAAACGAGAAUUUAUGUUUUCAUAUGAUUCACGUUUAGAUGAUAAAAAAUUCUUAUACUCAGCACCAAAACAUAAGUCCCAUAUUGAUAAUUGUUUGCAUACCUAUAUUUUUCAACCUGAAAUGUAUCAGUUACCUGUUUGUAAACUAAAAGAGCUAUUUGAAGAAAAUAAAAAACUUCAGCAGUUCAGUCCACUUUCAGAUUAUGAUGGUCAAGAAGAAGAAAUGAAUGGUACAAAAAUGAAAUUUGGAAAACGAAGCAGCUCAAGGCGUGAAACUAUUCCAUCCGGAAAACAGAAGUCAUGUCAUUCUUUGGAUUAUGAUAAGGAUAGAGUGAAAGAAUUGAUUAAUUUAAUUCAGUCCAGGAAAAAAAAUGUUGGCAGGGACUCAGAUACAGAAGAUAUGAGAAGCAAAACUGUCUUAAAGAGGAAGCUUGAAGACCUGCCUGAAAAUAUGAGAAAGCUUGCCAAAACCAGUAAUUUAUCUGAAAACUACCAUCUGUAUGAAGAGUCUCCACAGCCUAUUGGCUUAGUUGGGCAUGAUGCUGAUUUAAGGCAGCAGCAGCAGGAUACCUGUAACUCUGGUGUUGGUGACAUUCAUACGCUGUUUAAUUGGCUGUCAGAAACACUAGCAAAUGCACGCCAUUCUGAUGCAUCCCUCACAGACACAGUCAAUAAAGCCUUAGGAUUGAACACGGAUAAUGCUUAUGAAGAGCUGAGGCAGAAACAUAAAUUGAACUCUGUCUCAGAUAAGAAAGAAUAUGAGCGUCUUUCUUGUACAAAAAAUGAAAACGUACAUUUUAAGGGUGUUCAGAGCCCGUUGUUAGAAGUCAAUCCUUCAUCUUUAAAGUAUCCUGUUGCUGUAUCCACCAGUGAAGUAGGCAUUGACCAUAAGCUGCAUUUGAAAGAAGAUCCAAAUUUACUUAACAUGAAUAAUUUUGAAGAUUGCAGUUUGUGUCCCACUGUUCCCGUUGAACAUGGAUUCCACAGACAGUCUAAUUCAAAUAAUGUUGAAGAGACUGAAAUUCAUUGGAAAUUGAUUCCAAUUACAGGGGAAGAUACAAAAAGUCCAGAAGACCAGCUGGGGAAGCACAGUGAGAAACAAGCACCAGACACAGUAAAGGGCACCACUGAGGAAGACGUGUUGACAGGUCAGGUGGUGACAGUGGAGGAGCAGUGUGUGCCAGCAGCAGAGCCGUCGACAGUGAGUGAAACUACAGAGAAAACAGUGUUAGGAGAAUACAAUCUCUUUUCUAGGAAGAUAGAAGAGAUUUUGAAGCGAAACAAUGUUUUAUAUCUCAGUAGAAUUUCUACACCUAUCUUUUCAACACAAGAGAAGAUAAAGCGGCUUUCUGAGUUCAUACAUUCUAAGACUGCCAAAGCUGGUGUACAGGAAUUUGUAGAUGGUUUACAUGAGAAGCUAAAUACUAUUAUUAUUAAAGCAUCAGCUAAGGGUGGGAAUUUGCCACCAGUUAAUUCUAAUGAUUUCAGUGCUACGAUAGCAUUGAAUCCUGGAAGGCACGUUGUAUCAGUCUCCUCAAGUGAUUUCAACAAUAAACACCUCCUUGAGCCAGCUUGUAGUGAUGCUUUGAAAGAUGCCGACUCUCAUGAACAGCAUUUGUCUAUAACUUUGGGUUUAACUGAAGGAGAACUGAACCAGCCACACCAUACUCGUGAGUUAAUGGUGACUUCUGAUCAUACUGUACCUGGUGAUUCUGCCCGGGACCCAGUAGAAAAAGAAACAAAAUCACCCAGUGAUGUAAACAUUUCUGCCCAACCCGCUCUUUCAAAUUUCAUAAGCCAGUUAGAACCUGAAGUGUUUAAUAGUUUGGUUAAAAUCAUGAAAGAUGUCCAGAAAAAUACUGUGAAAUUUUAUAUUCAUGAAGAAGAAGAGAGUAUGCUGUGUAAAGAAAUAAAGGAAUAUCUUACCAAAUUAGGCAAUACAGAAUGUCACCCAGAACAGUUUUUGGAAAGAAGAUCAAAAUUAGAUAAACUAUUGAUUAUUAUUCAAAAUGAAGACAUUGCAAGUUUCAUUCACAAGGUACCUGGCUUGGUGACUUUAAAGACCCUCCCUUGUGUUAGUUUUGCUGGUGUUGAUAGCCUGGAUGAUGUUAAAAAUCAUACAUACAAUGAGUUGUUUGUAUCUGGAGGCAUUAUUGUAUCUGAUGAAUCAAUUCUAAAUCCAGAGGUUGUCACAAUUGAAAGCCUUAAAAUUUUUUUGACAUUCCUUGAAGAACUUAGUACUCCAGAAGGAAAAUGGCAGUGGAAAGUUCACUGUAAAUUUCAGAAAAGGCUAAAGGAACUAGGCAGAUUGAAUGCUAAAGCUCUAAGCCUGUUGACACUUCUGAAUGUGUAUCAGAAGAAACAUUUGGUUGAAAUUUUGUCAUACCAUAGUUGUGAUUCUCAAACUCGAAAUGCUCCAGAACUGGAUUGCCUUAUAAGACUUCAGGCUCAGAAUAUCCAACAGCGACACAUAGUGUUUUUAACAGAGAAGCAUAUCAAGCUGUUUUCCAGUUAUACGGAUAAUGGAAUAGUAGUUGCAACUGCUGAAGACUUUAUGCAAAACUUUAAAAAUCUUGUGGGCUAUCACAACUCAGUCGCAGAAGAAAGCCUUCCGUUCCUUGGUGCUAAUGAGAAUCUUGAGUCACAGUCAGAUGCUGUUUUGACAUUAACCCCUUUGGAGCUGGGAGUUGGGAUUUCCCAACAUUAAACGUGAACACAUUUCGCAGAAGCUUUUAGCAUCGGAUUAUCUGGACAUUCACACCUAGUGUGAGUGUUGUGACUAAGUGAACUUGUGGCAGAAGACCAAGCUUUAAGGGAUUGUGGACUUGCUGACCCUGACGCAUUAUAUUGUGUGAGUAGUGUAUAACUUUAAACCUUAAACAAAUUGUGUAUUUCAAUAGAGGAGGACUUUUUGUUUUUUAAAUGUAGCUCUUUUAGAAAACGAUGAAAAGGAUGAAGAGGAUAUGUCUCUGGAUUCAGGUGAUGAAAUCUCACAUAUAGAAGUAUGCAGCAAUUUUCAUUC